AUGUACCACCUCCGAUCUAGUGCUUCUUUCGCUGCAGAAAAUGUAAAUCCCCCUUUUUUUUCCCCUCCCUGUGCGCAGGAUGACAAGGUCGUGGCGUUCCGCGACAUCAACCCGUCGGCGUUCAGGCACUAUCUUGUCAUACCCAUUGAUCAUAUACCAACUGUAAAUAGCCUCCACAAAACCAAAGAUGAUCACCAGUUAGUCAGCCAUAUGGUGAAGGUGGGGAAAGACUUGCUCAAUCAAGAUGCUCCCAAUUCUGAGGAACACAGGUUUGGGUUCCAUCAGCCCCCAUUUAAUAGUGUCGAUCACCUUCAUCUUCAUUGCCUGGCACUGCCAUUUAUGCCCAGUUGGAGGCAAGUGAAAUAUACCCCUCUGGGACCUUUAGGGGGGUUUAUCGAGGCUGAAAAGCUAUUGGAAAGAAUAAAACCAGAAGCAGAAGUAUACAGUUAG